AUGCUCAGAAGAGGAAUUUCCAUUGCUGCUGCUUUAUUGCUUAUCUCUGGCACUGAAGCCAUUAAACUUCAAGCACAGAGCAAGAACUUGCUAAAAUCAAGCACUUUCCUUUCACUUAAAGAACAAUCAGUUAAUGAACAUCAAUCUAAUGAUGUAGUAUUGAUACUAACAGAAGAGCAGAUUUUAACGUACUAAGAGGUUUGCGACGAUCAUGUUGAUGAGCUUGUUGAGGAAGGCUUAAUUGACGAGAAUGAAGCCGAUGAACACAGACAAUAGCUCGAUAUAACUCUUGAAAACAUUAUCGCCCAAGGUGAUUUAGAAGAAUAUAAAAGACAACUUGAUGAAUGCUACGGAUUUAAUGAUGAUGAAGACGAAGAUGAGGAUGAAGAUGAGGAUGAAGAUGACGAAGAUGCUGGCUACGACGGUGAAAAUGCUGGCUACGAAGGUGAAGAUGCUGGUUAAGAUGGUUAAAAUUAAGGCUAUGAAGGUGAAGAAACUGGCUACGAAGGAUGCUGGCUACGACGGUGA